CACAAUGCACCGCGGGCCGAGAUUCGAAAGUUGUGUUUAAAAGAAGUGUUUUUCGCUGCUUGAAAGUUGAUUUAGAGUUGCUGCACUCCUUCAGUCCCCUUUCAGUGAUAAAAAGAUGUCAUUCUUUCAAGGCAAGAAGUUGCUGAAUCAGAAGGGAGAGCUGGUCGAUGCCGGGGAAGCAGUGAAAGGCAAAGUUAUCGCUGUGUACUUCUCAGCACAUUGGUGUCCGCCAUGCCGUCAAUUCACCCCAAUAUUGAAGGACUUUUAUGAAGAACUGGGAGGCGAAGAGGGAGAUCUCGUAAUAAUCUUCGUGUCUAGUGACAAGGAUGAGGCAACGAUGAAAGACUACUUUAACAACCAUCACGGCGAUUAUUUAGCAGUUCCAUUCAGGGAUAAAGAAACACUUUCAACUGCCUUGAUAGAAGCGGCCGCAGUGAGAGGAAUCCCUUGCCUUGCUAUUUUCAACGAAGAAGGAAAAUGCCUACACAAGGAUGGAAGAAGCGAUGUCGCUGCUUGCAAGGGGGGACCUAAAUCAGUUCUGACCAGUUGGAAGACGUUAAAGUGAUAAACAAAAUCUUACAACAAACAACUCUCGUCGUCUUUGUAUUCGAUCCAGGUUGAAGGGACUACUUCGAUUAUAGACAUUGCAUAAACUGUAUCUGUUCUGACUCUAAGAAAUUAAUUGUGUACUUUCUUUUGAGGACUGUAUACGUUUCUUGAGUAAAUUUAAAAAAACCGAAUCUCAAAAA